AUGAGGUUUUCUCACACGGUUCCCUUUGAUCCCGAAGAAUUCCUCCGGCCUGUUCAUCAGUCAGACUUGGUGGACAGGUUUUAUAGCAAGCUGGCAGCAGAGUAUGAGGCGGCCGCUUCAGCUUCUGCUUCUGGACUUGCAGAGGAGGGACUCCUGCCCUGGCGUGAGUCUGGUGCGGCCUUUUCCCUUUCGCCCACCACGAGAUCUGACGCCAUGGCGCAGUCCCGGUCCUUUGGCCUGGCUGAGAGUUCUUAUGGUCACUCCCGGAAGGGCAGCAGUGCUGGCGGCGAGGCCGCAUCCUAUGGCAACUUAGUGGACGCGCAGGACACCGACUAUAGUCACUUUAGUCAUUUCACUUCGAAGUUGACAGAUGCAGAUGGCAUGGAAGCCCAGGUUCAUACAGAGCCUGAGGUCCUCCAAUUGGAGCACCCGGAGCGCACCUUGGCGCGCACCGCCAGCGACCGGGAAUCCAUCAGCGAUGGCCUCGCGAGCCGUUCGCCGGGCUCGGGACGGCCGUCGGCGGCGCCGACGGUGACCACCGUGGCGAGGGCGGACCGCAGGGGCUCCCGCAGCGCGCCGUUGAUCAGCUUGGAGGAUCUUGAGAUUGAACAGGUGGAGCAGGCGGUCAUUGUGACGCCCACCAACCAGCUGAAGCAGAAACACCUGGUUUUUGCGAUGGUGCAUGAGGAUGGAACUGGGACUGGGAGGAAAGACAGAUUGUGGAGGAUCGAAGCACCGCAUGGGACAUUUGGGCUCAAAAGAGCUGUGCUUUUGAGAGGAAACCCUCCCAACCCUCCCAAAUUCUUCUGUCAACAUUGGCGCCAGGAGGAACAGCCUGUUUUAAAGCCGCAGCUCAAGUCCGUCCACUUCGUGGGGGUGGAUUCCAACGUGGCACCUGAGGUCUGUUGGUGGUCUACCCAUGUGAGGAAAACGCCCAGGAAACCCAAAAAGCAAAGGAAGUGCCCGUUCUCCCCAUCCCAGAAUCGAACAUUGACAAGAAAACACCUACAUUUGGCUGCUGAGUCCAUGGCUUUCUGUGAAAUUUCCUUCAAUCCAAGAUCGGCAAUCCAAAAUCUUUAUCUUAUAUAUUCGAUUUUGGUUGGUUGA